AUGUCUGGAGGUAGGUCUCCUACUAUUGGGGUUUCGCCUUUUGUGAGUGGGUCUUCUGCUUCGGUCCCGGCUCCCCCCCCCCCCCUUUCACAUAUCCCUUUCAUUCCUUUCGCAGCGGCUCCUGCGGUGGGGAGGGGCAGACGCAGGGAGAGAUCUUUGUCCCCCACUUCCUCCAGAGAGGGCAGGAGGCGGGGGAGGCGCAGCCGCCGGAGGCGGCGUUCCAGUCGGCAUUCCAGGUCCUCCCGGUACAGCAGGCGGUCCAGAUCUUCCAGGUGGCGUUCCCCGUCCUCCUCAGAGGGAUCCUCGGGCGUGUCGGAAGAGUCUGUUCGUACACCGCGUUCCGGGAGUGGACGACUGGCGGAUGGUGAGGUGUCCAGGGUAUCGAGCCUGGCUUCGGUGGCAGUACACAGGGAGGCUGUUCCUGUACCUGCGGUGGUUCCAGCGGCGAUCCCGGUUCCUGGUUUUUCGGGACCUUCAUCCGGAGGCGGAGAUGGAUGGGCUGGCUUGCCCGGAUUUCCUGUGGCGGCUGGUGCUCAACAGUUGAUGACGCUGGUCAGCUCUUCGGUUACGCCGGCCACUUGGCAGGCGCAUGGAAUGGCUCGUCCGGUGGUCUGGUUGCUGGGGCAUUCGUACAUCUUUUGGGCGGCACAGAGGGCCGAAUGCAGGCCGGGAGGUCGGAGCCUUGGUUUCAGGGAAGUGGAGGUUCAUUGGAGGGGGCUUCGGGGGGUUAAGAUGGUCUCAAGUGUUGCCGGAGGUGGUGGAGAUUGGGCGUAG